AUGACGUGCGUCGUAUCAACCACGCCGUUUAACCACUUCAACGACCAUUUUCCAUGGUUAUCGAUGAAUCCCGACACGGCAUCAUCGCAUGGGUCGUUGGAGAAGUCGCACUCCCAGGGCUACGUGUCGCCCGGCUCCGAGACUCGAAAGUCUUCCACCAGCUCUGGUGGUAAGAAGAGGGCUUCUCGAGCCGGCACACGUAGCGUCUCGACGCUUUCUGCGGCUCAGCUGGAACGAAAGCGAGCCAACGACCGUGAGGCUCAACGGGCCAUUCGACAGCGCACCAAAGAUCACAUUGACCAGCUGGAGCGAAGCAUCAACGAGUUGCGAGGGUCUCAAGAAGGCAACGAGAAGAUGGUCCACGUCACCCAGCAGCGCAAUCGAGAGCUUGAGGAGGAAAAUGCGUACCUUCGAGGCAAGCUCAACGAAGCAGGUUUUAGCAUCGCCCUCUUACCGACAGAACGUUGGUCUACCCGUCCACGCGUGUUGUGAUUUUGACUGACCUGUGUGUUCAGACCACCGGAAUACAGACUCAGCUCUACUUUCAGUACCUGCGGCUUCCCCAGUAACCGCUAACGGAUCAAGUAUACCGAGACCAGGAUCCACCUCCACCCACAGUAAUCACUCCAUGGCCACUCAGCCCACAGGAUCUCGUCACGGCUCCUGGCAACAUCAGCCAGCCGGCUUCGUCGGAGCAGCCAACACUGCCAUUGGUGUGCUGCCGGGCGCUGCUGCUGCUUCCAAUGCUCCGAAUUUACCUACAUGGAGGUCCCACGAGAAUGGUCCAACGCUACAGGAUCCUAUGCAGCCCCAGUCCUCCGCGACCUACAAUCCUGACCAGCGCGUUGAAUGGUCAAGUAGCGGCGCACCUUACCAACCGUAUGUGACACAAGAGCAGCAAAGAUCACAAUAUGAAACUGCUCCGUCACAACCGAGCGGCUAUUCGUCGUCGUCGGUACCGACUUACCCCGGACAGAUGGCUGGACAGAGCGAGUACCCCAACAUCUCAGUGUCCUCUUCCCCAAGCUCCUACCAAGUCCAGGGCCAGACAGCUUUCCCUCCGCCAGCAUCCUUCCAGGUGAGCCCGAUGCAGGUUCCAGCGAGCGGCACAGAAUACACUCCUCCACACGGCCACAUGCAGCCGCCGCCGCUCCCCAAUCCGUCAUUUCACUCCGGACAUGGCGAACCCGGGGCAUACGGAAGCCAGCCAGCAGCGUCAAUGCAAUACCGGGAGGACAAUGCCAAUCGAUCCUACUCGCUUACGCACUACCCAACGGCCUAG